AUAAGACUAUAGACUGCAGUAGAGUAGUCUGUACUUUUUUUUUUUUCUCACACGCCUCGAAUAUAAAAUUAUUUUUACCAUUGUACUGUUGGAAACCGAAUACGAGACGUGUAAUUCUCCCGAGUCUGGACGCUGUGAUAAGAGAAAAAAACAAAACCAAUCGUUGUUUAAUAUUACACGUUUAUUGUUAAAAUUAUUUGUAUACACUUUUUCGAUGGUACAACAAAAAUUGAAAACAUAACAUACAUCGCCCAACACCAUGAUAGUAGUAAUAAGAAAAUAACAACAACAACAACAAGAGUUACGUUUGUGUGUACAGGGGAAAAAAACAGUAUCGCAAACACAACUGGGCACAUGGUAAUUGUUUCUUCAUUGUGAUUUUAAAAGCAGAGAAACCUUUAGUCGUUUCUCGACGAUAACACUAACGCAUCGUGUUAAGUAUUACUUCAAUUGAUCGAUCAUGUCUGUGAAUCAACCCAUACAGAACGGUACAGAGUCCACGUUCGAUGAGACCAUGUCGAUAAAGCAACCCCAGUUGGAAACAGACCAAACAAUGUCGACCACCAAAGCUGUACUAAUAUUAUUAGUUAUAUUUUUGUUGUCGGUGUUCAUCAUGGUAUACCUGUAUUACAGUUUUCCGAAAUUGCAAGAAGAUGAAAUAAAGUACCUAAAAAUACCGUUUACCAUCGAAGAUGCCAAGAAUUUGGGCAAAGUCUUGGAACACUAUAAAGAAACGUACUACGCCCAAGUGUUCAUGUCAAUAUUCUUCUGUUAUAUAUUUUUACAAACGUUUGCCAUACCAGGUUCGAUAUCGCUUUCAAUCCUGUGCGGAUUCUUGUAUCCGUUUAUGUUGGCGUUGGGCAUAAUAUGUUUCUGUUCAUCGAUGGGCGCCAGCUUUUGCUACCUGCUGUCCAUGACAAUCGGCAGACGAUUAGCUUAUCGAUAUUUCCCGGACCGAAUAAAAUCCUACGCUCUAUUGGUAAAAAAACAUAAUCAUAACAUGUUCAGCUAUAUCAUGUUUUUACGUAUUACGCCAUUUUUGCCCAACUGGUUUAUAAACGUUUGCGCACCUUUGGUUGACGUACCGCUGAUACCUUUUUGGGCAGGAACGUUUUUUGGAGUUGCUGUGCCAUCCGUGUUGGCCGUACAAGCCGGACAAACGUUACACGAGCUGACGUCUACGACCAGUUCGUGGUCAUGGUCUUCCGUUCUACUGCUGGCCACUUUUGCCACGCUGUCUUUACUGCCUGUGCUGUUUAAGUCGAAACUCAGAGAUAAAUUUGAUUGAAAAAGCCCUGUUGAUUGCCAUAGCGAAGAACAUUCCGUUAUUAUAGUUUAGAAUCUCUUUCAUUUAUUUCAUGCAACCACUUCUCUAUGUCAUCAUCAAGUCGCAACAACAUGCGUAUUACCAUUUUACCCAUCUAUUUAUUUACACGUAUUUAUCUCUUAGAUUAAACUUACUUUUUUUUUUUUAAUAAACGAA